AUGUGGCUGUGGUCCCUGCUGCUCUGUCUUCCCCUGGCUCUGGCUGCGAGUGGCCCGCCUGAGCCCCAGGCACUGGAAGAUAUUGGCACGCUCCACUGUGGGCCCCAGAGCCUUCGGCUCACUGCGCACCCUGUCGAUCCGGACACGGGGACGCCUCCCACCCUGAUAGCGUGGGAUAAGGCCAGCCUGCUCCACAGGCUGCGCAACGACUCUGGCUGUGGCACCCGGGUGACGGAGGGCCCCGGCAGCUCCGUGGUGCUGGAGGCGUCCUACAGCGGCUGCUUCGUCAUCAACUGGGACUCCCACCACCUCAUGCUAGUCGGCGUCAAAGACACAGCAGCUGCUGGGCUCUGGCCGAUAGUGAAGACCAGGCUGCUCCAGUGUCCCAUGGCUUCCCCAGCCCAGAGCACUCCGGCGGCCACCCUGUGCGACUCUGUGCCCGAGUGGGACAGGCUUCCCUGCGCCCCUCCCCCCACCACACCAGGCGACUGUCAGAGGCUGGGCUGCUGCUACAACUCCACGGGGGACUCCUGUUACUAUGCCAACACAGUGACCUCGCACUGCACCCAGGACGGCCACUUCUCCAUCGCCGUGCCCCGGAACGUGACCUCGCCACCCCUGCUCUUGAACUCUGUGCACCUGGCCUUCGGGAACGACAGUGAGUGUAAACCCGUGACGGCCACACCAGCCUUCGCCCUGUUCCGGUUCCCGUUCACUUCCUGCGGCACCACAAGGCAGAUCGCUGGGGGCCAGGUGGUGUACGAGAACGAGCUGGUGGCGGCCAGGGAUGUGCAAACGUGGAGCCUCGGCUCCAUCACCCGCGACAGCACCUUCAGGCUCCGGGUCAGCUGCACCUACGCUGUGAGCAGCUACACCCUCCCGCUUCACAUCCACUUGCUGGUCUUCCCUGAGCUCUUGCCUCAGACCCAGCCUGGACCCCUGACGCUGGAACUUCAGAUUGCCAAAGAUAAAAACUACAGCGCCUACUACGGCGCUGGUGACUACCCCGUGGUGAAGUUACUGCGGGAACCCAUCUACGUGGAGGUCUCCCUCCGCCACAGAACUGACCCCGACCUCGGGCUGCUGCUGCAUCAGUGCUGGGCCACGCCCAGCCCGGACCCCCUGCAUCAGCCCCAGUGGCCCCUGCUGGAGAGGGGAUGCCCCUACACUGGAGACAACUACCAGACCCAGCUGAUCCCUGUCCAGAAUGCCUCGGGCCUGCCCUUCCCUUCCCACUACCAGCGCUUCAGCAUCUUCACCUUCAGCUUCGUGGACCCAGGGGCCAGGCAGGCGCUCAUGGGACCGGUGUAUCUGCACUGCAGCGUGUCCAUCUGCCAGUCCGCGGGGGCGCCAGCCUGUGUGACCUGUCCCGCUGCCAGGAGAAGGAGAAACUCCGACAUCCAUUCCCACAACGGCACUGCCAGCAUUUCCAGCAAGGGUCCCAUGAUUCUCCUCCAAGCCACUGAGGACGCUUCAGAAAAGUUUCGCUCUCCGGCAGACUCCCGAGCUCUGUGGGUGGCUGGCCUCUGCGGGACCUUAAUUGUUGGAGUCUUGUUCGUGUCCUACCUGGCUAUCAGGAAGCGGAGAUGA